AUGCCGAAGAAGGAAGCCGUAAUUAAUCGGUUAGGUCAUUCGGAGACCACAGCGAUAAAACGGUUGAUGGGCAUGGAACGCCGUUUCGUUGCAAAUCCAGAGCUGAAGACGAUGUACGACGAAUUUAUUCGCGAAUAUCUGACACUUGGACACAUGAAAGACGUCACCGAGGAGGUCGAAGAAGUAGGAGUAAAAAGGUACUACCUACCACAUCAAGGUGUUCUUAAGCCAGACAGCACGACUACGAAGCUGCGCGUAGUUUUCAACGCUUCCUGUCAAACGUCUACCGGAGUUUCGCUGAAUGACGCCCUCAUGGUUGGUCCAGUAGUACAGGAUGAUCUGCCUAGUAUCUCGCUACGUUUCCGCAUGUACCGUAUCGCAGUCAACGCUGAUGUCGCCAAGAUGUAUCGCAUGGUUGAUCAUCCGUUGCUGAGCAUCAAGUUCCGAUCCAUACCGAACCGUUUAGCAGAUGACGGAGCGUUAACGCAUCCUGUAGCGUCCAAGGUGGCCAAGAAGGACUUCUACGUUCACGACAUGCUCUCAGGGGUAGACACCGUAGAAGAAGACGGUUUAGUGUGGGAACCUAGUUCAGACGUUUUCCGUUUCACGUUCCCAUCGUUCAACUGGUCGGCAACGAUUACGAAACGCUUGGUCGUCUCCGAUGAUUCGCAGUUGUUUGAUCCGCUUGGUCUGGUUGGCCCAGUUAUCAUUCAGGCAAAUAUUUUCAUCCAGGAACUGUGGAAGCAAAACUGCGGCUGGCAUGAACCACUUAAUCAAGAAUUUCAAGCGCAGUGGAAGGAAUAUCGGCGGAAUUUAGCAGCGCUAGAAAACCUUACCGUUCCCCGAUGGGUAGGAACCGGAAGUCACAUCGUCACCACGGAGCUUCACGGUUUCUGCGACGCAUCAAAUAAGGCAUACGGCGCCUGUUUCUAUGUACGAACAAUCUCCGAAACGGGGGAGGUGUGUGUGAAGUUGUUAACAGCGAAGUCUCGCGUUGCACCGCUUGACAACUUGAAGAAAGGAAACAAGCGGCUCUCCACUCCACGCCUAGAACUGUCGUCAGCCUUGUUGUUGGCACAUCUUUACGAGAAGGUCACAAGCAGUCUCGGCAUCGAAGCGAAAGGCUUUUUCUGGACGGACUCCACGAUAGUCAAGUGUUGGAUUUCUUCGUCGCCGUCAAGAUGGAAGCAGUUCGUAGCAAAUAGGGUUUCAGAGAUUCAGCACAUCACGAAACAAGGCGCUUGGAACCACGUAGCUGGACUAGAGAAUCCAGCCGACAUAAUUUCCCGUGGAAUGAUCCCAGCGCAGCUACAAUAUGAAUCGCUUUGGUUCAACGGUCCGCAUUGGCUAAAGUUGGACGAGCACAAUUGGCCAUCUGUUCAUCAGAUACAUGAAGAAGACUUCGAUCCCAUGGAUCUCGAAGCCAAGAGCAUGGCGACAGCACUUCCAGUGGUAACUCCAAGCGAUAUCUUCAGCCUCAGAUCAUCGUAUACACAUCUCGUACGAUUGACUGCUUGGCUUCGCAGAUUCCGCUACAAUUCACAACCGGCGAACCGUGACAAUCGACGGUGUGGUCCUCUCACAACGCUCGAACUGGAAGAUGCUUUGCAUGCGUUGGUCAGGCUCUCCCAACAAGAAAGCUUCUCGCUGGAGUUAGCUGAUUUGACAAACGGUAGAGAAGUUCGAGAGUCGUCGAAGAUUUCGUCACUACACCCGGAGCUCAAAGACGGAAUACUCUGCGUUGGCGGCCGACUUCGCCACGCAUCGAUUGUGACCCGUCGCAAGCUCACGUGUAUCCUGGAUCACCGUCAUCUAUUUACCUACAUGGUCGUCGUUCACUACCAUCGAAAGAUGUUGCAUGGUGGACAACAGCUCAUGGUUUCGUCCGUUAGAGAGUGGUUCUGGCCAACAAACGCCCGGAACCUAGUGCGAAAGGUCAUCCACGAGUGUGUACCAUGUUUCAGAGUGAAGCCCAAGAUUCAGGACCAGCUCAUAGCGGAUCUUCCCCCCGAAAGAGUCACCCCGUGCCCACCAUUCCAGCGCGUAGGUGUGGAUUACUGUGGCCCGUUCCAAGUGUCGUAUCCGUACCGGCGCAAUCGCCCGGUGAAAAUCAUCGUUGCCGUCUACGUCUGUCUAGUAACCAAGGCCGUUCACCUGGAACUAGCGUCAGACCUGUCCGCUCAGGGAUUUAUUGCGACCCUGAAGCGUUUCUCUUCCCGGCGAGGCAAGCCGGAGAUCAUAAUGUGCGACAACGGAAGAAACUUCUUUUGUGCCGUCCAUUACCGUAAUAAAUGUAAUUUUGUGUUCGCGUAA